AUGAAAAGUUUUUGCAUCGUGUUCGUUCUCUUAUUUGCCAUGGCUAGUGCUUCUCGUCAGAUCAUACAAGUCACCCAGCCUCGCAUUGUACAAACUAUUCAGCCACAGCGUGUUCAACUAGUGCAAGUUAAUCAACCACGCAUAGUACAAGCUGUUCGGCCACAACGCGUGCAACUAGUUGCCGUUGCUCAACCACGCUUAGUACCAGUUGCUCAGCCAAGACGUGUUCAAGUAGUGAGGCAAGUAGCUCAGCCACGUGUAUUGCAAGCUGCUCCGCAACAAAUAAUCGUCGCCCAGCCUCGUCCUCGUGUGCAAGUAGUUCGUCCUAGUCCUCAAGUAGUACAAGUUGUACGUCCUAGUCCACAAGUGGUACAAGUUGUACGUCCUAGUCCUCAAUUAGUACAAGUUGUACGUCCUCAGCCUCAAGUUCAAACAAUUCAACUCGUCCAAAAACCAAGAUAUGGAUAA